AACCUUCAGAAGCCUGCCACAAUCUUCAGACCCAGGCCCAGCAGUCCACUUGCAAAUUGGGUUUCCUCUUUAUAAAGGAGUCCAGAACAUUCAGAGAAAGAAGAAUCCGAUUUUCCAAGAGAGGAUACCUGUGGACUAUCUGACACCUGAGGCUAGGUAAAGAAAGAAGCCAGAUCAAUGGAUUUCCUCCUGCGGGCGGAGUGUGGUUUGGUUUCAGAUUUUCUGGGACUGGGACUCACCACAUAAACCAAGCUAGCCUGGAACCCAUCGGGUGGCCGAGGCCAGACUCAAGCGUCCCCGUGCUCCGAGGGCUGGGACCACAGACUACUGCUGCGUCCACACCCCAACUGCAAGCUCUCUGGGUCUCCAUGAUCUCUGGGUUCCUGGCUGCCUGCUCCAGCUGCUGACAGAGCUGCCACCUUCUACACCUCCAGUGUCAGGAAGAGGAAAGAAGUCUCAGAGCUUCCAAACCACUUCCUCUUGGAGGGACCUCUUUGACCCAGGAAUAACAAUGGCUGCCAUACCAGAAGGCUUUUGCAUCAACUUCAAGGAAAUGAUAUUUAUUGACAACACACUUUACUUUAUGCCCCAAGAUGAUGGAGACCUGGAAUCAGACCACUUUGGCAGGGAUUGCUCUACAACUGCAGUAAUACGAAAUAUGGAUGACCAAGUUCUCUUCGUUGACAGAAACAAGCAACAACAUGUGUUUGAGGAUAUGACUGAUGCUGACCUAGGGGCUAAUGAGCCCCAGACCAGACUGAUAAUAUUUAUGUAUAAAGAUGAUAAAGUAAGAGGACUGCCUGUAACCCUCUCUGUGAAGGAUAAAAAAAUGUUUACCCUCUCCUGUAAGGACAAAAUUAUUUCCUUUAAGGAAAUGGAUCCACCUGAAAAUAUCAAUGCUACAGAAAGUGAUCUCAUAUUCUUUCAGAGAGGUGUUCCAGGACAUGAUAAGAUGCAAUUUGAAUCUUCACUGUAUAAAAGACACUUUCUAGCUUGUGAAAAGGAUGGUGAUUUGUUCAAACUCAUUUUGAAAAAGAAGGAUGAAAAUGGGGAUAAAUCUGUAAUGUUCACUCUUACUAGCUUACGUCGAGCUUAGGUAUUAGGUGUUCUUGUGUUCCAGAAAGAUGAUUAGAACACAUGAACCUUAGAAUAAUCCAUUAUGUGUUGCUGUAACAAAAUACCUGAGGCUGCAUAAUUUAUAAAGUAAGUAGGUUCAUUUGUCUCAUUGUCUAGCCCAAUUCCUACUUCCUGGUGAAUGGCCCUGACUGCAUUACAACAUGGAAGAUGAAGGGAAAGGGAUUAACUGUGAGGGAAUUAGCACAUGGGUGAGCUUCACUUCAUUCGUCUUGGAGAGAGGCAUUAGUCCUUUCCAGCGCCGGAGCCCUAGUGAUCCAUCCAUUCAGUAUCUCUCACCACCUCAGGACCGGGUAUACAGGGUGUUUCCAGCACACGUAACAUACUAAAUAUACUCUUUUGGGGGUAAAAUAAAUAUCAAUAAUGGCCUCAACAUAUCACUAAAGUGUGAUAAUAAUUAGAUGAUAAUUUUUAAGAUAGCACUUAGGAGGUAGAGAGAUGGCUCAGUGAUUCUUCCAGAGGACUCUUGUGUAUAUGAUGGGGGUGUGCACAUGCCACACUGAGUGAGUAGAGUCAGUUCUAUCCUUCCAUCUUUGUGUGAGUUUCAGGUUCCAGGUUCUAGGAAUCAAACUCAGAUCAUCAGGUCUGCAUAGCAAGUGCCUUUCUUUGUUGGGUCAUCUAGCUGACCGUGUUGUGUGCUUGCUUUUCCUUCUAUCUCACCAUGAAAAGGUUGAGCAAGCCAACAUUAUUGGGUGGUUUACACUGCCUUUGACCCCAGCUCCAGCAGCUCUGGCACC